CUGGACUCUUUAAAUAUUUUGGAAAGACAACAGUUCUACAACAUUCGUCUCGAUUAUUAUCCUUUUUGAAUUUUAGUGUUAAAUAGUUUGAACGACCGUCCAAUGGAUGAAUUAGACAAUUUAAUGAAGGAAGCUGCCAAAAAUGUAACAGCCGCCACAGAGCAUGCCAACAAUGUUUCAUCGUAUACCAGUCAGCUGAAAUUGCAAUUAAGUAAAACACAGGAGCUUCACUCUCCCGAAACAAGUAGUGCUUUGAAGAAAACCGCCCAAACUAUGUUCAAUUUGGUGGCAAUCAAUGCGAAGGACAGCGAGGACGCAGAUGUUAGUGCAGUGUCGUUUUUAGAGUUUAAAUCAAAUGUCGAUGAAAGACUCGCUAGUAUUGAUGGUAUCUUAACGGCGGUCGGUUGUAUCAUGAAGAACGAUUGAAUGUAUUGAGUGUAUUUUCGAGCCGAAAUAAACAACGGUAAUUUUCCGAUUUUCUUUAUUU